UAAAAAUAUCUCUGCAACGGACAGGAAAUACAAACCAGCAUCAAGUGCUGCAGCCUCAGUGGCUGCUGUGGUGUGAAGUUAGUGUGAAAGGGAAGGAAACACAGAGAGGGGAUUGUAAUAAGUAGAAGGAUGAAACUUACUGAUGUCAUAUAUAUUUUAGACUUAACUUCUCCUUUUAUACGAACACAAUUCAAACCAAGUAGAAGCCUUUCAGUUGAGCUAUACAGCCGUUCUGGAUGCCAGGAUGAAACCUGCUCUGCUCUGCAUGCUGGGCUUUUUCUUGCUCAGUUCUUUGCUUCAUGGACGUGCUGAUGCAGAUCCUAUCAAUCAAACAAUACAGCCUGUCGACGUCACUGAUCCAGACACCAACAAACUUCAUGCAGAAAUAAAGGCAACUUUGAAAGCAGACAAAACAACCAUACCACCAGGGGGCAGUGUGACAUUAACCUGUUCUGUGGACAAACCUGCUGGUUUAACAUUUGAGCUCUUCAGAGGAUCUUCAUCCACCUAUCAGACCAGAGUUUCUCCUCGAUCAGAUGGAGUUUUCAGGAUCACAGAAGGAGGAAUUUACACCUGCAGAGGAUCCAUGACAGAGACAAACUUUAUGACAACUAUGAGUGAUGAUGUCACCAUUAAUAAGAGAGUUUCCAACAGAGUUUCAGUCACUUCACAACCAAACUGGUCUCUGAUAUACAGAGGAGAGAAAGUCACUCUGAGAUGUGAGAUCCAGGAUGAUGGAGGAACUGAGUGGACAUAUGAAUGGAAACCAACCAAUAGAAACUUUUCAUCAUCCAGUGAAUAUAUGAUCAUCUCAGCUACUGAUGCUGACAGCGGAGAAUACAGCUGUAAGGGUAGAAGAGGCUACGAGUUUACAGGAUGGAGUGAAGCCAUCAGACUGACAGUGUCAUCUGAUAAACCCAGAGCCACCCUGACCGCAGAGAUGAGAAUCAUACCAGCAGGGGGCAGUGUUACACUGACCUGCUCUGUGGACGGAUCUACUGGCUGGAAGUUUGAUUGGUUCGAAAAUGGACAAUAUUAUCCUGUAGUUGGAUCCUCCAGAAACACAGAACCAGAUGGAACCAUCAGAGUCUCAGAGGGAGAAGAAUACAGCUGCAGAGGAAGAAGAGGAGACUCAUCUUUUGAAUCAGAAACCAGUGAAGAGGUCACCAUUCAGAAAACUGUUUCUAAGGCGAAUGUGAUCCUGAAUCCCAGCUCGUCUCUGAACGAAGAAGAUAAUGUCCAUCUGGAGUGUGAAAUCCAGGAAGAAGCUCUGUGGACGUAUGAAUGGAGAAAAAACAAUUUCAAUUAUAAUCCAACAUCCAGGAUCAUCACAGCUGACAGUGGAAAUUAUAGCUGCAAAGGAACAAGUGACUAUUUGUUAACACAGUGGAGUGAUGUCAUCACAUUAACUAUCUCUCCCAAUAAAUCCAGUUUGAUUCUACAAUCCAACUGGUCUCAGAUCUACAUAGGAGAGAAAGUCACUCUGAGAUGUGAGAUCCAGGGAGGAACUGAGUGGACGUAUGAAUGGAGACCAACCAAUGGAAACUUUCCAUCAUCCAGUGAAUACAGGAUCAUAUCAGCUACUCAUUACCACAGUGGAGAAUACAGCUGUAGAGGAAAAAGACAAGGGUUUUUCUUGACACCAUGGAGUAAUGUUGUUAAUAUAACUGUAUCGUUUCCCCCUAAGCCUGUCCUCUCUGUGUCUCCAUCAUGGCCGAAUCCUGGAGCCUCAGUGACUCUGAGCUGUGAGGGUUUGGAGCUUCAAUCAGCAGGAUGGAGGUUCUUCUGGUAUAAAGUUGUUCCUGAUCCAUCCAAGUGGUACCAGCUGCACUACACUUAUGAGCUGCUUCCUGGCAGCACCAAUGGGACUGAGCAGAACUCCUUCAUCAUUAGUGGACCGACUCACACAGCAGGAUACAAGUGCAGAGCAGGAAGAGGAGAACCAAAGUUUUACACUUAUUACAGUGAACUAAAUUUUGUCUGGUCUGCAGAUCCUCGUCCAGCAGCUUCUCUCUCAGUGAAUCCUGACAGAGUUCAACACUUCAGAUCUGACUCUGUGUCUCUGAGCUGUGAGGGAAACUCUACUGAGUGGAGAGUGAGGAGGAUUAUAGAAACAGAUCGACUGUUGUACUUUGCCUGCUCUUCCUGGGGGACCAUGACUGGAUCUACAUGCACGAUUAAUCCGUACUAUUAUAUGGAUGGAGUGUACUGGUGUGAGUCAAAAUCUAGAGAGUUUAGCAAUGCUGUCAACAUCACUGCUCAAGCUGAUUAUUAUGAUGGUGUUAUCCUGGUGAGCCCUGUUCAUCCUGUGACUGAGGGAGAUCCUGUUACUCUGAGCUGCAGAGAUAAAAAACAAAAUCUUCUCUCCAAUGUGUUUUUCUAUCAUAAUAAUAAACUCAUCAAUAAUGACAGCAGAGAGGAGCUGAAUAUCUCUGCAGUGUCAAAGUCAGAUGAAGGUUUCUACAAAUGUCAACAUUCAGGAAAAGAGUCACUAAGGAGCUGGAUGUCUGUUAGAGAUGAUGAUCAUGAUGUUAUUAUCCUGGUGAGCCCUGUUCAUCCUGUGACUGAAGGAGAUCCUGUUACUCUGAGCUGCAGAGAUAAAGAACAAAAUCUUCUCUCCAAUGUGUUUUUCUAUCAUAAUAAUAAACUCAUCAAUAAUGACAGCAGAGAGGAGCUGAAUAUCUCUGCAGUGUCAAAGUCAGAUGAAGGUUUCUACAAAUGUCAACAUUCAGGAAAAGAGUCACCAAGGAGCUGGAUGUCUGUUAGAGUAACUGUAUCCAGUCCAGUCAGUUCUUCAUUUCCUGUCAUGUUGAUCAUUGGACCAGUUGUUGGAAUCGUUCUCAUUAUUCUCAUUAUUGUUCUUCUCUUGUUGUGGCGCCGCAGACGAUCCAAAGAUUUAAGCAGUAACAGAUUGAAUCAACCAGAGAGCAUCAAUCCAGCCUCAGCUACAAAUCAUGAAGUGACCCAGAAUGACGGUUCUGUUUACAGUUCUCUGCUUCAUGGUGACACUUCCCUCUAUGAGACAAUCCAACUCAGCAGAGCCUCAGGAAACGUCUCAGCAGAGAAUAUUCAUCAUCCAGCAGAAGAGUCUAUAUAUGCUAAUUGCUAACCCAGGAAAGAGGAAUGUGAUGGUUCGUUCUCCAGCAGGGCUGGUCCAAGGCAAAGGCAAGGCAAGCUGAUUGUCUGCUUAGGGCCCGGGGCUGUUAGGGGGCCCUAAGCACGCCGUCGCUGCAGGUCGCUCACGGAGAACGCCGCUCGCCGAGGAUCCCGGGAAAAAUUAAAGAGGAAGAAGGAGUCAAACGUUUUAUCCAAAGCUAGCAUUAAAUGACCCUCUUUUUUAAUAAUUCCCUCUUAAAUCCAAUACAUACUACAUUUUGUUGCUUUUACUACCACUGUCAUAUAGGAUACAAUUUAAAAUGCAAAGUGAGAGAUUUAGGCUACCCUCUCUUUCACUGGGGUAAACCCCAACGUACAGGCGCCGAGAUGGGGAGCAACAAGUAUGCCCACUCCUGCCCGACGCCU